AUGGAGCAGGGAGCGCCUGAGCUGCAGCCGGGGCCUCUGGCCGAGCCCCUGGGGGGCCUGGACCCAGACCCAGUGGCAGCAGGGGAUGUAGAAUCUGUCGGGAUCGGAAGCGGACCAGAGGUCCGGCUCGCAGGCUCUGGGGAUUUCACGACGACAGAAGGUAACUUUUGGUCGAAGAAAAUUGAAAUUAGUGUUUCAGAAGCAGAAAAAAGGACUGGAAGAAAUGCCAUGAACAUGCAAGAAACUUACACAGCUUACCUCAUUGAGACAAGAUCAGUUGAACCCAGUGAUGGCCAGAGUGUUCUUACAGACUCUCUUUGGAGACGGUAUAGCGAAUUUGAAUUAUUGAGAAACUAUUUGCUGGUUUUCUAUCCACAUAUUGUUGUCCCACCUCUGCCUGAAAAGAGGGCAGAAUUUGUUUGGCAUAAACUCUCUGCAGACAACAUGGAUCCUGAUUUUGUGGAAAGACGAAGAAUUGGUUUAGAAAACUUCCUCUUGAGAGUGGCUUCACAUUCUGUCCUUUCUGAAGACAAAAUCUUCUAUUUGUUUUUAACACAGGAAAAUAACUGGAAGGAGACAGUGAAUGAAACAGGUUUCCAGCUAAAGGCAGACUCCAGGUUAAAAGCUCUUAAUGCAACAUUCAGAGUGAAAAAUCCAGACAAGAGAUUUACUGAACUAAAACACUAUGGUGAUGAACUACAGUCUGUCAUCUCACACCUUCUUCGAGUCAGAGCCAGAGUGGCAGACCGACUCUAUGGUGUCUAUAAAGUACAUGGGAAUUAUGGAAGAGUUUUCAGUGAAUGGAGUGCCAUAGAAAAAGAAAUGGGAGAUGGUCUUCAGAGUGCAGGACAUCAUAUGGACGUAUAUGCAGCUUCUAUUGAUGAUAUCUUAGAAGAAGAGGAGCAUUAUGCAGAUCAACUAAAGGAAUAUCUUUUCUAUGCGGAAGCAUUAAGAGCAGUUUGUAGGAAACAUGAAUUAAUGCAGUAUGAUUUGGAGAUGGCUGCUCAGGAUCUGGCAUCCAAAAAGCAACAGUGUGAAGAACUUGCAACUGGGACCGUGAGGACAUUCUCCCUAAAAGGAAUGACUAGCAAGUUGUUUGGUCAAGAAACCCCAGAGCAAAGAGAAGCCAGAAUAAAGGUGCUAGAGGAACAAAUAAGUGAAGGAGAAGAACAGCUGAAGUCUAAAAAUCUGGAAGGCAGAGAAUUUGUGAAAGCUGCUUGGGCAGAUAUUGAACGCUUCAAGGAGCAAAAGAACCAUGAUUUAAAGGAGGCUCUUAUAAGCUAUGCAGUCAUGCAGAUUAGUAUGUGCAAAAAGGGAAUUCAAGUGUGGACCAAUGCUAAGGAAUGCUUCAGCAAGAUGUAAACCUCUAAAGAAAUGAAUUCUUCUUCAAUCAAGUGCCCCAGAACAGAAGCACAAGUAUAUAAUGGAGACUUAAGUUAACUACCUGGCAUACACAAAAAUUUACAAUUUAAUCAUUUGAGUAUAAAUACAAUAUUCUUUAUGCUGAUUGUAGUUGUUAGUAUAGCACAAAAAGGAGAUGUUUUAAUGAAGAUUAACAUUGAAAUUAAGAACUUAUGAUGAUUUCCCCCAAGUCAUUUGGUAUUGUUUGAAGGAUUCUGAACUAGUAACAGUCCCUUUGUUAGGUCAUGUUUCUGUGUCCUUUCAGCCCUUAUUCUCUCUGUAAAUGUAUAAAGAAUAUAUUCUUGAGGUUUACUCAGUAAAGAUAGCCAAGUGGAAACUCACCAGUGAGUUAUGGGGUUGAUUUUUACUUGCCUUAUAGUUGAGCUCUUUGCUUUGACAAAAGCUCAGCAGAAACUUAGUGUGAAAUCUAAGCUAUUCCACCUGUACCUCCUCAGCGCCCCUGUGAGUAAUGAAUGCAUACACUAGAAAAUGCCUUCAACUUUGUGCUUCACCAGAAUUUUGAUAUUGGACAAAUAAUUUUAUACUGCCAACAAAGAAGACAACUCUUUAAAUGAGUAGUGGAGUCCAUUGUUAUGAAUUAGUAGGAAGCCUUUUAAUUGAAUAUGUUAAAUAUAAGAAGGAACUUCUCAAAUCAUUUUUUUCAAACCUGACUGAUGAGCUUAAAUUAACAUGGUUUAGCUCUUGACAUAAGGUGUUUCAGGGUACGAGAUGUAGCAUUUCAGUGUAUAAGAUCUAUAUGUCAACAGUAUAUAUGGUAUCUUCAUUAUUAACAUACUUCUUUUCUACUGCUUGGCUGUAAUUUUGUAAAGAAAAAUGAAUAAAUUAUAUUGAUUUUU